AAAUGCGGUAUUGUGUGCGGAUUUUCCACACGCUUGUUAGAAACGUCUGGUAACGCGUAAUAUAUUUCAGACUAGCUUAUUUACGGUAAAGAAUUAAUAUUUCUGUGAAUCUUAGUAACAAGUGUCAAAAAUCAUUUCUAAUUUUAAAGAUUGUCGUAAACAAUAACCCAUAAAAACUGACAGAAAUUAAUCAUUACUUUCGACACUACUGGAAUUUCCAACUGGAUCAAAAUUCCUGUACUUAUAUCUUGUCGGAAAACCUAAUAAACUUAUCAGCAAUAAGAAUCGAGGAUCUCCAUAACUAAAGUUGUGGAGUCCGUUUGGUUGUCUGUUCAGGUGUUACCAAUGUAGUUAAAGUUGUUAUAUAGUUACAGUAUUAAUUUUACAUAAUACUUCAUCUUUAUUGUACAAGUUCUACGAUUUUAAAAUGAAUGGUGCUCUCCUGCUUUAUAUCAAUAUUAUUAGUUUGUGCAUUUUGGUAUGUGGUUUCAACUGUACUCAAUUGGCUCCUAUCAACUUUACCAGAGUAUUGCGGCAAGCUCGUCCCAACAGUUGCACCCUCCCACCACACCCAGAAUUUGGUCGAUGGACCAUUUACGACGGCCCAUUUCAAAAGUCCCCUGGAGAAUCGGUGCCGUCACGGACAAUUCUAGAAGUGAGUUGUGACAGAAAUCAUAAACUUGAUGCAUAUGAAAUUAUUAGCUGCGUUCGAGGAGUGUGGAGACCCGAAAUUGGGAAAUGUUUACGGACGUGCUCGACCAUCAACAGUACUUCGAUUAUGACGGUGACUUGCACCCUGAAAGAGCAAACGUUAAAAUCUUGUGCUCACCCUUUUGACGGGACGGUCGCAAGGUUUCAGUGUGCUCGCUAUUUUGAAAAUCAGGGCCAAGAAAAAGAUCCUUUUCGCUUAUGUUCAAACGGACAAUGGUCUGGUAGCUUACCAACCUGUGUACCACGAUGUGGACAACCGUUACGCAAAAAAGAACCCACACUUAUUGUUGGCGGAAAUCAAACAGAAAAACGAGAGUACCCUUGGCAGGUUGCAUUAUAUAUUGCGUCCACUAAAGAACUAAGCUGUGGAGGAACUUUACUAAACCAGAGAGUAAUCUUAACAGCGGCACAUUGUAUAACAGAUAUUAACGGCAAACUGCUACCAAAAGAACGCUACAUAGUUGCCGUUGGUAAAUAUUUUCGCCAAUAUGAUCAUCCCGAUGAUAAAGAUGCACAGUUUUCUCCUGUCUACGACAUGUAUAUCCCCCGACAAUACAAAGCACACAUUCAGCAUUACUUUGGCGACGUUGGUAUUAUCGUUACGAUGAAAAUUUUUAACAUUUCUGCCAACGUUCGACCUAUAUGUGUUAUGUGGGACUCAAAGCGAUACCAAGUGUUGGCAGAUCCUAGUAGACAGAAAUACGCUUACAUCAGCGGCUGGGGUUACACUUUAGAGCACAAAGAUCUUUCUGACGUUCUUAGAUACUUAAAAGUUCCACUUAAAAGCGACGACGAUUGCAACGAGAACUUAACCGACGACGUCAUCGAAUAUAUGACCGAUGAUAAGUUGUGUGCAGGCUUUUUAAAUUCUAGUACUUCUGUAUGUCAAGGUGACAGCGGUGGAGGUCUAGUUGCCAGAUACAAGAAACGCUAUUAUAUCAUCGGAAUUGUCAGUGUUUCACCCCGAGGAGAGUCGGCAUCUGGUGGCUGCAACAGUCAGACAUACACUCUCUACACCAGGUUUUCAUACUACAUUGAAAACUUCAUAUUGGAAAAGGAAGCUCGGUUUAGACCGCGCUUGGAUUGUCAAGAUCCUCUUAAUUGUGACGACGCUAUUCCACCGGUUACGUCUACCCCACCGACAGAUCAGACAACAGAAAUUACAACAGAAUCGUCUGGGAGUCGCUGCAUUUUACCCACUCAUCCCGAAUCUGGAAAAUGGAGUAUCCUUGGAGCAACUAGGAAACUUUCACCUGGAGCGCCAGUAACAUCAGGAACCGUUUUAAAACUCGAAUGUAGCGAAGGUUUUAGGAUGGAUGGUCAAAAUUUAAUAUAUUGUGACAAAAAUAACAAGUGGACAGGUGAACUUGGUCGAUGCUUGAAAACUUGUCCAAUACGAGUAAGUACUUCAACUAUGCAAGUUACAUGCGUCUACAGGGACAAAGAAACUGAAAACUGUACUGAAUCAGUUGAUGGUACUAUUGCUAAAAUUCGCUGUGCUCCGUUUUACGAAGAUUUACAGUUAGAGAGAACACCCCUACAUAUUUGCGACAAUGGUACGUGGAGCCAGCGACUUCCGCAGUGUGAACCAAUUUGUGGCCAAAAAGUCGUGGAUGCUACUCAGUUAAUUGUAAACGGAACUAACGUGGUCAAAGGAGAUUACCCGUGGCAGGUGGCUUUGUAUAGCAAAAUGCACAAUAAUUUACUUAUAUGUAGUGGAUCACUAAUAAGUCCAAGAAUCGUGCUUACAGCCGCUCAUUGCAUCACGGACGAAAACGGAAAAUUGCUUAAUAAGGACAACUAUGUCGUAGCUGUUGGAAAAUAUUACAGAAACUUUGACGACCCUCGAGAUCGCAACGAAGCACAAUUUUCAGAGUUGGAAGCCAUGUUUGUUGCCGAACCUUAUAGAGGCGUAAUUCAGAAUUACUUGGGUGAUUUGGCUAUAUUAGUGUCCAAAAAAGCUUUUACCCUUUCACGAAGAGUUCAGCCUGUGUGCUUAGACGUAAGUCAAAAUUACAAUCUAGCUGCAGGCAAAGUGGGUUACGUGACUGGAUGGGGUUUCACUGUUGAAAACCGAAUUCCUUCAGAUGUUCUGAAAGAACUAAAAGUUCCUUCGGUUUCUAUAUCAGAAUGUCGAACUAAUUUACCCGACGACUUCGAGAUCUAUCUUACAUUUGACAAAAUUUGUGCUGGAUAUUUUGCAAAGGGAGUGUCAAUAUGCAAGGGCGAUAGUGGCGGAGGUUUAGUGUUUAAACAAAGUGGUAGAUAUUAUCUUAUUGCAGUAACCAGUCUUGUGCCUAGUCUUCAUGAUGACGUCGGAGGCUGUGAUAGUCAGAACUAUGGUCUCUACACUAAAGUUUCAAGUUAUAUUAAUUCUUUUAUUUUGUCAAAACUGGCUGAAUAUAAGAGCUAAGUUUUACAUAUCACUUCCUAUACAAUAACUUAAAAUAAAUAUUUAUUUUAU